AUUCUCUCCCCUCCCCUCUGCGAUUGCAGCCUGACCGGAUUAAUUCAAUGACUCUUCUCCCUUUCCUUUCCGCCCUUGGGUUUAAACGUGCAGGGGAGCGGAGUUAGUCGCGGCGCUUUAAUUUAGAGUGGGGAAAAAAUAAAUUCAAGGAAACUAUCGGGAGAUGAGACGCGGCCGGAGAUGGUUUCCAGCAGCGCAGCGAGCGCACGCCCACAUUUCUCGGGAGGCGUCUUGUGUGUUUGGCUCAGGUGUUGGCUGUUGUUCAAGUGGGCAUUAUGGCCGAAGCAGGGCAACCCAUUCACCUUCUAGAUGUUUGCAAUCAAAAAUUCUCAGAAUUCCUGUUCAAUGCUGAACAUAAGUGCUUGGUGUGGUUGAGAGAAAUCGAGGAAGAAGCCAUGAAGAUAUUUGAUAGUAACAACUUUAGUACCGAACCUGAACUGAUGCCCAAAACACCAUCUCAGAAGAAGUAUCGGAAAAAGAAGCGUUCUUCAUUGUUUAAGGAUGAAAAUAAAGAACUAAUUAGAAAAAGAUUAUCUAAAGGACAUGGCAGUGUAAAGGCUGAAUCCUUUCAGAAGCUUUCUCCAAGAAGAGUACUGAAUAACCUCAAUGUGGGAGAUGCAAAAUCUUUGCCAGAUAUUAUGAUGAACUUUUCUAAGGGAAGUUCAAAAGUACAGUCUGACAAGUUAGCUAUGGGUCCAGUAGGGGAACCACUUGUUACUGGCUGCUACAAAAAUAGUGGAGUAGAAGAAAAAAGACAUAAGGUCAUCAAUGAAAUCCCUGAACUUUUUAUUGUGCAUUCAGAUGACUAUUUAGCUGAUAUUUCAAGAAUCUCUGAGAUUCCCAUUAUUUCAGACAGUCCUGCAAUGGUAGUUCCAUACAUCUCAGAUCCAAUAAAGGCAGGAAAAAAUGGGAAUGAAUCAAGGUUACCAAGUACAUCCACUCUAAAAGAAUCUUUAUAUGGAAAACACACAUCUGGAGAAGAGAUUCCACCCCAAACAUUAGUUAAUAAUAAUUUGGAUCCAGAAGGAGAACUCUCACAAGACUUGAAAGAAAGUUCUGCUGCCUCCACUGGGUCUUUGUCAGGCCAUCGUCAUCGAAGUAGACCACACAAAACUCCAAGGCUCUCGCUGGUGGAGAAAUAUUCGCUCAGCAGUAAAAGAAAAAGCACAAUUCGAAAAUCUAUCAGCAGGACAAUAGCCAGGAAGCACGCAGCUCAGGACUCAUCAUCUGCUUCAAGUCGAGUAAGCUGCCAUAGUUCGACUGAAGUACUUUUGAAUGAUGAAAACCACAAACAUGGGCCUUUGACACAGAACACUGAAUUAGGAGAGUCUCUGAAUAGUCUACAAAAAGAGCCUUGUGCUCUGGAUGCACCUAGUCUAGUUGUUAGCACCCCUAUGCGCAAUCCAACACAAUUUGAGAGGCACCAAGACAAGACUUGCAGUAAAGACAUACUUGAGACUAACAUUGCUGAUUCCCACAUAAGUAAUUCUGAAGAUUUAGCCAGGAACAACAGUUUCCAUGAACAAAUGCAGACUAUCCGGAAGCAAAGUUAUAGACAAGCAGUGGAGGACCUACCUGCUCCUUCAUGCACGGAAGAUAAAAAUCCUAGUCCUUUCAGUCCUAUAACCACAUCCAUUUCUGCAAAGAAAGUGCUGCCAACGUCCGGUCCAUCCAAGAUAAUACGACCUAUCAAAAACUUCUUUCAAACCAUGCAAAAGAAUCAGCUCCUCAAAUCUCCUGGGAACAAAGUCCCCAAACGUAGUACUCCCUGUAGAGCUGCCACCAAGGGGGAGUUUGUCGAAAAGGAGCGCCAACGUCUGGAGAGUCUUCGAAAAAAACAAGAAGCAGAGGAACAGAGAAAGCAGAAAGUGGAGGAAGAAAAGAGACGUCGGUUGGAAGAGAUAAAACUAAAGCGUGAAGAGCGACUGCGAAAGGUAUUGCAAGUUCGAGAACGAGUAGAGCAGUUGGAGGAAAAAAGAAAAAAGAAAAUGGAACAGAAAUUUUCUCAGCUUGAUGAAAGAAAUGACAAGAUGCGAGAGGAGAAAUCAACAGAAGAAAAGGCAAAGAAAAAAAUAUCUAUAAAGAAAAUCGAAGCAGAAGCCCAAAAAUCAAAACUGUCACAAAUGGAAGAAGGGCCAGAACUUCAAGAACGCCCAGAAAAAUGGAGAACAAUUGGGGAGAUUAAGAAAAUGCUGGAAAUCAAUAGUACAAGGCAGGAAAAGGGGCACCAAAGGCAUCAAGAUAAAGAGAAGCUAGUGAAAGUUCAGGAACUCACUGUAGUUAAGGAAGAGGAAGAAAAUGUAAAGGAACAAAAGAAUCCUGCCUCACUGGCUCAGCUGCAACAAGACAAGACAGCUGUGCAGGUGGAAAAUGUCCCUGCUGCAUGUGGCUGGCUGAAUAUAACUGCUCAGCCUUUAACUUAUCCUCAAUCCAUGAAAAAGAUUGACCUGGGUACAAUACUCAUAAGUGACUUGGUGAUGAAGUCACUUUAUUCAAGCAUUGCCUAA